GCUUUGGUGGUGAAGGACCUGCCGAGACAUCCUCGAAUAGCCUGGCAAGAAGACAGAGGUUUGGACUCUACGCCCGAAUUGAAAGAGACGCCAAAAGAGAAACCCAAAACGCAUGGCUUCGUGCCGGUAUGGGGUCUGCAAGCAGGCCUUGAAAAGUUGACUCCUCCAAAGGUUGUGCAGCAUCACAUCCAGGGCGGAAGUGCAGAAGGUGAUGCUCCUGGCAUGCACGGACAUUGUAAAGAUCAAGAUGUCCAAGACGGACUUGAACGUGGAAUUGGAAAUGGCAGGCGCUACAUUGGCACGCAAAGCCACUUUGUGCAGAAUGCAGUGACAGCCAGUGACGGCCCUACAACGCAUGGGAAUGUAAAGGACUUGGCGAGCCACCUGGGAAGGCAACGGCGAACCGUCCAGGUUCCCAAUCAGAUCUUCGCUGGUGUGGGCGAUGCCGGUGAUGACAUUCCUUUCGGAGAGAUGGGUUGGCUUGGCGCUGGGAGACGGCAUUACGCGGUGAAGGAGAACAUUGUGGGUGGCGUCUCAGAAGAUCAGGUCACACCCACGCGCCGAAUUCCACGACAGCAACGAGACCACGUGCAUGGUGGCAGUGGAACCGACACCCCGCCGGAAAGCGAGGUUCGCUAUGGCCGACCACGGGAGGCUGCCUUCCAAGAGGGUCUUGAACGCUACAUUGGCCAUGGACGGCGGCAUUGUCCGGAGUGGAGACAACAGGACCAGAUCUUUCGCCCUGAGCCCGAAGCUGUUGAGUCGCCAGCGCAUGUGCGGCCUAUUGGCGGUGCAGACCAUAUUGUAAGAACACAUGGCCAAGCAACAUGUGCAGAGGAUACGCCAUCGGAGCAAGGGAAGCGACAUUUCGGGGCAAGAGAUCGCAUUGGCUUUGGCUGCUCUGUGCUUCCGAGCGACGGCAAGGAGGACUAUGUGCAGGGCUUGCCCCGGGGCAUUGGUCAAGGGAAGCAGCGCAUCUUUGAGAAGGACCACUUGAUGGGUGUUCUUCGUCGCACCGAAGACAAUCCUGGAAGCCAUGGUCAUUCCAGGGAUGACGACUUCCAAGAUGGAUUGGAGCGGGGUAUUGGACACGGGAAGCGUCAUUUGGCAAGUGGCUUUGAGGCUGUGAAGGCUGAGGCGAGUGUGCCGGAUGUGUGGGCAGAAGCGUUCAGAGUUUUGCCGAACAGCCCCACCAAGGUUCAGUCGCCCCAAGAUGUGGUGCCGGACACUGAGAUCUCAACGCAAGAGGAGGAGGAUGAGGAGGAGGAUGAGGAGGAGGAUGCGGAUGACGAUGAGGAUGAGGAUGACGAUGAGGAUGAGGAUGAAGAGGAGGAGGAGGAGGAGGAGGAUGAUGAGGAUGAGGAUGAGGAUGAGGAUGAGGAGGAGGAGGAGGAGGCGGAGGAGGAGGAGGAUGCGGGUGCUGAUGACGAUGAGGGUGAGGAGGAGGAGGAGGAGGGGAGGCAGGCAGAGGAGGACCAACCAACCAACCAAACGCUGCAUACGGACGGCAAGCGCCCAAGCAGGGCAACUGCCGAAGCAGUGAGUCGCUUCCCCAUGCACUCCCCUGCACAAGCACACAGCCCUUCGGCAGGGACUGUCAUGGACUGUUGUUCUUUUGAGGUGUUGCAGGUCCGGCAUUCCAAGCAUAAGCUUCACAGCAUUUGGAGCACAGGAUUGACGCGUAGAUUCUCUUGCUUUGGUCAGGUCAGCGAGACCAUUGUUCGGGAGGUUUUCUCAAGCUGCGAUGAGAUCGUGAAAGUGAUCUUCAAGCCAUACCCCAACAAUGAAACGCAAUUCUUUGCGCAGAUUGAUUUCAAGACUUCAGCUGGUGUCUCUGAAGGCUCUAAACUGAGCGGCACCAAGAUCUUAGGUGUCGCAUGCAUGUGUGGGGUUAUCGACCCUAUUCGGCAGGCUGAACAGAAUCGUCAGGCAACCGUGGCUUCGGCUACAGCUGCGCCUACUGAAGAAGAAACUGCGGCCGAAGAGUUCGAAAUGCAGGCCGAACACGUUCGCAAGGCGAAGGAGGCUGCAGAGGAGCUUCGACUUCGGACGUGCCACAUUGCUGGCUUGGCAGAAGACACCAAAGAGGAGUCCAUCAGGCAGCUGUGCCAGACCUUUGGCGAAGUCGAGACGCUAAGGAUAGACACGGCUGCUGAUGGUCAAACCUUUGGAUUGGUCGAAUUCAAGGAGACAAAGGUGGCUCAUGUGAUCAAGAUGCAAAGAUCCUUCAUGGUCGAUGACCGGGUGCUAGUGUUCACAGAGGCAAAAUCGCAUGUGGACAAUGCCAAAGUCGAGGAAAUGACAGUGCAGUUUCAGGCGCCUAUCAUCGAUGCCAUGAACAUGCGAUCGGUCUUGGCACAGCAGGUUCCCUUGGCAGAGAAGUUGGCGAAGGUCAAAGCUGCAGCCACAGAAAUUAUGCCAGGAAUGGCAUCUCCAGGUGAGGCCAAAGAGCCCACAAAAGUGAAGGAGAAGCGGAAAGACCAGAGCUUGGAAGAAACCAAAGCAGCAGACGCACCGAAAAGUAAGCGACCAAACGAUGAAGCUGAAGCGACUCGCUCGGCUGAGGCUGCCGAGAUGGAAGAAGAGGAAGAGGAAGAAAUGGUCGACAUUGACGAAGAAGUUGAGGUCUUAGCUGAGGGCGAAGUGGUGGGCCUCAUGGGGAGCUCAUCGUCCUCAUCAAGCUCCAGUGAUUAUGGUGCUGAUGCGCUGGUUGAACUUCCGGUCGACGUCUCCAAGCCAGAUGAAGUGUCAGAUGGCGACGAAGUGCUUUGUGAAGCGCCGACACCACUUCGUCCUCCCAAAGGGAAAGGAAAGGGCAAGUUUCCGCGCCGGCCCCUGCUGGGCCGGGGAGUGCCAGCUCCAUUCAGAUCGAUGCCCAGACUGAUGCGGCGGACUGCAUCUCUCACAGGUGCCAUCGACUUGGAUGAUGCAGUUAUGGAUUUGGGUUGA